AUGGGCGCAAGCAUGGAGACCAAAACUGCUGGUUCGGACAUAUCCAAAGGGCAUCAGAAACUUGACAAUGCACUCGUGACUUCUGUGCUCCCAGAUGGCGAUGUGCCCUAUACAGAUCAUGAUAUGGAUGCUGAUGAGAGGGUGAUCACGGCGCUGGGUUACAAGCAAGAGUUCAAGCGCGAGUUCUCGCUAUGGACGACUUUCUGCCUCAGUUUUGCUGUGCUGGGUCUGCUGCCGUCGUUUGCGAGUACCCUGUAUUAUGGAAUGGGAUAUGCCGGAACAGCGGGUAUGGUCUGGGGCUGGCUCAUUGCGAUGAUAUUUAUCCAGUGCAUUGCAAUGUCAAUGGCAGAGCUAUGUUCAGCAAUGCCGACUAGCGGUGGACUAUACUACGCUGCAGCAGUCCUUGCACCCCCGGGCUAUGGACCCUUCGCCGCCUGGAUCACGGGCUGGUCCAACUGGAUCGGACAGAUAACCGCAGCGCCAUCGGUAGACUACUCGCUCAGUGCAAUGAUCCUCGCAGCAGUAUCAAUCCACAAUCCAGACUACGUUCCAACAACAUGGCAGACCUUCCUGCUGACAACACUAAUAAUGAUCCUGCACGCUGGAAUCAGUAGCAUGCCCACCAAGCGCGUAGCGCAGAUCAACUCAUGGGGCUCAACAUUCAACUUCAUCGCACUGAUCGCAGUGCUCAUCAUAAUCCCUGCCAAUACAACAAACAGCCCGAAAUUCACCCCCUCCAAACAAGUCUGGGGCGACAUUACAAACCUAACUGACUUCCCCGACGGCGUCGCUGUGCUCAUGACUUUCGUCGGCGUGAUCUGGACGAUGUCCGGCUACGACUCGCCCUUCCAUCUGAGCGAGGAGUGCUCGAACGCGAACAUUGCCUCACCGCGCGCAAUCGUGCUCACCUCCGGCGUGGGCGGGCUGAUGGGCUGGUUCCUACAGCUGGUCGUUGCAUACACGGUGCUGGAUAUCGAGGCCGUUAUCGAUUCCGAUCUGGGACAGCCCUGGGCGUCGUAUUUGCUGCAGGUCGUGCCGAAGAAGACCACUACGGCUAUCUUGGCUUUGACGAUUGUCUGUGGGUUCUCCAUGGGUCAGGGGUGUAUGGUUGCUGCGUCGCGGGUUACGUAUGCCUAUGCGCGUGACGACUGCUUUCCGUUCUCGAAUUACUGGAAACAGGUGCAUCCGUAUACGCAGACACCAGUUAAUGCGGUUGUGCUGAAUGCCGUCCUCGGCAUCUUGAUGUGCCUUCUUAUUCUGGCUGGGGAUGUGGCGAUUGGUGCUCUGUUCUCUAUUGGUGGUAUUGCGCAGUUCUUUGCCUUUAUCAUUCCUAUCACUAUUCGGGUGUUCUUUGUCGGUAAUCGGUUCCGCAGGGGCCCCUGGCAUCUGGGUCCGUUUGGCCCGUAUAUCGGUGCCGUUGGUGUUGUAUUUGUGCUUUUGAUGGUCCCGAUCUUGUGUUUGCCUAGUGUUACUGGUGCCAACUUGACGGUCGAUGACAUGAAUUGGACUUGCCUUGUUUGGGGUGCGCCGAUGGUGGCGGUCUCGAUUUGGUGGGUUGUUGAUGCGCAUCGCUGGUUCAAAGGUCCUGUCGUCAAUGUCGAGCAUGCUAUUCAUGCGAUUGUGCAGGACCCGAUCGUCAGUGAGGGCAUCGAGCCUGAGCUUCGAGAGACCGAGGUGACUGCUCUCUCCCGCAAGGCGGAUCAUCCAGAUAAACCCAUCUAG